UACUUUCAUUUUUUAUAUAUAUAUAAUAUAAUAUGGAGGCCGAAAAGCAAUCCGUAUACAGGGAUGAGAAACACGAGUAUGAUUUAGAUGAACAUGUUAUUGUCGAUGACACACCCUCAGUCCACAACAAAACCGCUAUUGAAGAAACCCAAUUUACAUGGCGUGCAACUAUUAUCGGUGCCCUUUUGGGUUGUUUGAUUGCUGCAUCUAAUAUGUAUCUCGGUUUAAAAAUUGGAUGGACUUUUGGUGCAUCUCUUUUCGGUGCCAUUUUCUCAUUUGCUAUCAUUAAACCCCUUUCCCGUGUAUUACCUCCUCGCUGGGGUGGUGGAUACUACGGUCCUAAAGAAAAUUGUACAGCACAAACUGCUGCCACAACCGCAGGUGGACUUUCUGCAGGUUUUACUUCUGGUAUCCCUGCCAUGUAUAAGUUAGGUCUUCUCAAUACUCCCAAGGAAGAUGCUGCUGCAUUAUUUUUGUUCGCUAUCUCUGCCGCUUUCUACGGUCUUUUCUUCGCUGUACCUCUUCGUAGCCAUUUUGUCGUUAAGCAAGAUUUAACUUUCCCCACUCCUCGUGCUUCCGCUAUCACUAUUAUUGCUCUUCAUGACAGUGUUGAAGGUGAAAGAGAGGCUAUGAAAAAAGCCAAGUGGAUGGCUAUCUGGUUUGCCGUGGCCUUUUUCUUUAACUUAAUUGCCUAUUGGGUUCCUUUCUUUGAUACCAUUCAUGUUCUUUUCUGGAUCGGUCAUGCUGCCAAUUACAGUCCUCUCAUUACUGCUGAUUUAACUUGGUCCUGGUUCUACCGUUGGGAUUUCCCCUUCUUCGGUGCUGGUUUAAUGACUCCCGGUUCUACAUGUGUUUCAUUUUUCUUGUCAUCUCUUGUUAUUUAUGGUAUCAUUGGUCCUUGUUUAGUGGUUAACGGUUAUUUCGUUAAAGCUAAGGGUUACACUGAUCUUGGCCCUACUACCCAGUCUUUCUUCUUAUGGCCCGGUAUCGCCCUCAUGGUCUUGACUUCUUUCGCUGAACUCUUUGUUCGUUACAAAUCUCUUUGGCGUGGUGUUAAGGGUGCUGGUAUUGGUAUUUAUGAAGGUGCUUACACUGCUAUUAUUUACUUCAAGACACAUAUUAUGAAGAAGCCUUUAUCUGAUAAGGAGCAUAAGGUGUUGCACCCUGAGCGCGAUGAAGAUGAAAUUUUCGAGGAUGAUGAAUUAGUCCCUACAUGGUGGUGGGCUUGUGGUGUCUUUGUUUCAAUUAUUUUUACUUGUGUUAUUAUGGGAGAAUUCUUCCACAUGCCUGUUUAUCAAUCUAUUGUCGCUGUUCUUCUUGGUUUUAUCUUCGCCUUCGUUGGUGUUCAAGCUUCUGGUGAGACUGAUAUUAACCCUACUGGUGCUAUCGGUAAGAUGUCUCAAUUGGUCUUUACUGGUUUCAAGGCAGAUGAUAUCAUUCAACUUCAAAGAAACAAUUUAAUGGCUGGUGUCAUUUCCGCUGCUGCUUCUGGUCAAUCUGUCGACAUGGUUGGUGAUCUUAAGACUGGUCAAUUGGUUGGUGCUUCUCCCAGAUCCCAAUUCGCUGCUCAAUUCAUUGCUUCAUUCUUUGCCAUUGGUGUUUCCACUGGUCUUUUCAUCCUUUUCGCUACAGCAUACCCUUGUGUUAUCUCUCCUGAUAUUAACGCAAAGUGUGAAUUUGAUUUGAUUUCCGUAAAGGCAUGGUACAAUGUUACAAAGUUGUUAACUGGUGAUAGUGAUCCCCUUACUAAGGCCGGUAUUAAUGUCACUAUUAUUUGUGGUGUAUUUGGUCUCGUUGCUCCUUUCUUCCGUGAGUUUGUUGUCCCCAGAAGAUUCCAUCGUUUCUUCCCCUCUAUCUCUGCUAUUGGUAUUUCCAUGAUUAACUCUUCUCCUGAAAUUCCUAUGUCCAUGUUUAUGGGCUGGGUCGGUGGUAAAAUUUGGAAGCGUGUCAAUCCUGUCGCAUUUGAUAACUACAUGUACAGUGCUGCUGGUGGUAUGGUUGCCGGUCAAGGUAUCUCAGCUAUUUUGACAGCUAUUUUCAAAUUGACUAAGGUAGAAGGUCCUGUAUUCUUUGCCUCUUGUCCUUAUGGAGAAAUUGGUGAAUGCCCAUAAACAUUUUUUUCUCUACUUUCACUCCUUAUUUUGUUAUACUAAAUAACAUAGUACUUUUUACUUAAUCUCUUUACAUAUAAUAAACUUAAUAACAACGAGUCUAUACUCAGUUUUUUUUUU